AUGGAGACAGGACGCUGGGGCAGAAAGGCUGGCCCAGAAGAGCCCCUUGGAAGUGUAUACCCUGGACCUUUAGUGUUUACCGGCUCCUCAGAAGCGGAUGUGGCUUUGGCCAAACAGUUCUGGGUUUCGGCAACCAUGCAUCCGCAUCCUGAGUCUCGGUUAGUGUCGAACAGCACCGAGCAGAGAUUGCCAGUAGCCCGAGCUACUGGGCGCACUGUGGCUGAAAGAACUUUCAACGCUGAGGAUUACAAAACUGAACAGCUCUUUGAAAGAAACAGAAAGGCUCAGGCAGCUGAGGAAAAAGAAAGGUACUUACAAAAGGUAGGAUCACAUUUCAGAAGCACAUCUGAUUGA